GAAAUCUCCUCGUAUUUUUACUAAUAAACUGAAAAUACAACCAUAUGUUUUAAUAUUCCUGUUUUUGCAUUUAUUGCGUUUUCGUUAAAAGGAACCUGCACAAGGACUUUAAUACUGAAAGGCACAAACCGGAAGCGUACAAAGCUUCUGGCUUCAUACAAUUAUGGACGCGAUUGGUAAGAAGGGAAACUGACAGUUUGCAUAUUUUUCUGCGGCCAAUAUGACGCUUUAAACAUUCUAAUUUGUCUAACUCGGAACUUAAGUGUGGCGCCGGGGUUAUUCGGAAAAGCAGCCUGUUCUAGGUAACACAGCAUGACAGUGACAUGCAGGGAACAGAGGGGACAUUAGGAGGUCUUGAGGUCAGAAGGAGGAUUCCCAUCAAACUUCUUCCCAAACAGGCUAGAAAGAGUAUUGCUUACAAGCAGGAGGAGAGGUUUGACUGUGGAGCAAAGGCAGGAGAUGCAUUUGCUAGCCAGCGACGAUACCCUCAGCCAUUUUACUGGGAUCAUAAGCUGAACCUGAUUGGCGAGAGAGAUGAGACGCCCAUCCAUUUUUGUGAUAAGUGCGGUCUGCCCAUUAAGACUUAUGGCCGAAUGAUUCCUUGUAAACAUGUCUUCUGCUAUGAAUGUGCAGUACUUCAUGAAAGAAAAGUUGAUAAAAUGUGCCCAGGCUUGACACUGUACAGCUGCACAGACCCAGUUCAGAGGAUUGAGCAGUGCCAGCGUGGCUCUCUCUUUAUGUGCAGUGUCGUGCAGGGCUGCAAACGCACUUACCUGUCCCAGAGAGACCUGCAGGCACACAUCAAUCACCGGCACAUGAGGGCAAGCAAACCUGCAGCUGGGCGUACUGAGCCUGUACUUCAAGCCUCUUCUGAGGUGUCUGACCGCUAUCGCGUGCCCCCUGCUCACCUGCCCAAACCCCAUGUGUUAAUCCCUCCCCCUCUAGCACAUGCAGGUCACGACCACUUCACUCAGCCACCCCUUGCCUCUCAUGACGACCUUCGUCCACCGCAAGGUCAGCUGCCCGCUGCUGACAUGGGACCGGCUCGUUCUCUCGGUCAAGACACCUUCCGCAUUGUGACCACGCGAAAGCACAGCAACCUCAUCACUGUCCCUAUUCAGGACGAUUCGGCAAGCACCGCCCCUCGCGAGCAGCUUCCGCCUCCUGCAAAUGCUCCGCCACCACACCACCACCCAGGAGACUACCCAGGGCACCCGGUCAUUUCCCAGUCUCACCACAUGAUGGCACUACCUCAGCAGCGCUAUGGGCCUCCACCCCCCAUCACUCAUCCGAUGCAGCACCCAGCGCAGGCCUCCAGCACGCACAUGGUCUUCAACCAAGCCCCCCCUCCACCUUUAUCCUCAGUUCCACCUCCCAUCAACCCUCCACCUGGGCACCUUAUGCCUCAGCUCCCACCUUACAUGAACCACCCUCCACCAGGUCCCCCUCCUCAACAUGGGGGUCCUCCAGUUAAUGCCCCUCCACCCCACCACUACAACCCUCAGUACUCAGAGGACAAGGGCACUCUGAGCCCCCCUUUUAACCAGCCCGGAGGGCUCAGUCCAGGUUUAUGGUCUGCCCCCAGAGGACCCCCUCCCCCAAGAAUGCAGGGUCCUCCAGGACAGAUGCCUGGGCCUCAUCACCCAGACCAGGGCCGCUACAGACCAUAUUACCAAUAGAAAAAAAUUGUUUUUUGUAUGCAAUUCUGUAAAAAGCUUUUAUAUGGCUACACAGUUGAAGCUUAGUGUAAACUGGGACAGGAUAUGUUAAAAGAAAUUAAGUAAUUAAUGUUGAACGUUAGAAUAUAUGUUUAAUUAUGGCUAUUAUUUUGGAAUUAAAGAAAGUUUUACAUA